CUAUGAGAUAGACAGUGAUAUUUUCAUACCAGUAAAAGAUGAUACCAAAAGAUAUACUUGACCUUCUAGAAGAGUCUUUGGGUGAAAAGAUAGAAAAUUUUAAAAUUCAGGAACAUGAAGGCAACCAAAAAGGCCAGGGACAUUUAGGUGAAAUCGUAUUCCUCUCCUUGAAAAACAAGAACACCGGCGAAGAUCAUCAUUUAGUGGUUAAACAAUGUCUCACAGGUUCUGAAGAGACUAGAAAACUUAUGUCCAUGUGUUUUAAGAACGAAGUGCAUUUUUAUAAAAAAGUGAUUCCAGCUUUACAAGCGUUCCAGAAGUCCUAUCCUAAAGUUGAAAUUUUUAACAAUCUACCAAAAUGUUAUGCAACGAGCUCAAAAGAAGGAAAGGAAAAAUUUGUCAUGGAAAAUUUAAAUCUAAAAGGUUAUAAAGUGCAUCCUAAGAAAAUACCCCUAAACAGUAAAAUGUACGAAACUAUUUUUAAAACGUAUGGAAAGUUUCAUGGAAUUUCCUACGCUUUUAAACAUUACCAUCCUGAAGAGUUUACCGAAUUAGGCAAAGGGUAUAAUCAGAAUAUGAAAAUGUUUUUUGAUCAAGGGAUUAUGCAACAAGCGAUUGGCAGUUGUUGCAACAAAAUAAAAGAAUUUUUAGAAGAGGAAGAUGAAAUAAAAAUUCUCGAUAGUUUUAAAAAAUAUUGUGAUAACGGUAGUCAAAUGUUUCUUGAUGCACUUGACUACAAAAGUCCAUAUUCAGUUUCUGUCCACGGUGACUCUUGGAGUAAUAAUAUGAUGUUCAAAUACAAUAAAUCGGGAGAUAUAGAAGAUAUUAAAUUGUUCGACUUCCAAAUGGCUGCGGUAGGUUCACCUGUUCUAGAUCUGACGUAUAGUUUCUACUCAGGGGCUGACGAAGAAAGCAUAUCUAAACUGGAUCGUUUCCUUGAAAUAUAUCACAAAAGCCUUAGUGAGACGUUAAGGGGGUAUGGAUGUAGUGCAGAAAAAGUUCUGCCAUUUACAGAAUUACAAAAAGAAUGGAAAGAACAAAACGCAUUUGGUGUAUUAAUGGGGUUGCUUAUAUGGAGUAACAAAAACUUGGAUCCAAGUGAAACUCCAGAUAUCGCUGAGCUGUUGGACGCAGACUCCCAAAGCGGAGAUAUCAGCCAAAUGAUGCAGAAGACGGAUUCUGCUGGUUUUAAAAGAGCUAGUUUAUCGGUGCUGAGACAUUUGUACAAAAAUAACUUUUUAUAACUCAUACCUUAGUAUAUUUAAUGCUUUGUAGUAUUUGGUAUCUUCAGGAAAUUGUAUUUAUUCUAAGUUAGUAAAUUAAUUUUUAAUUCUGUGUUGUUAUUAUAAACGGUAAAAAUUUUACAA